GCACGUCUACACAAGCCCGUUGAAACCGUUGGAUUCACCGCCGCCGACCGUUGCGACGGCGGAUCUCGAUCCACGCGGUCCCCGUCCCAUCUCCAAGGAAACGCCACGGCGCUCAUCAGUUCCCCCCCAUCUUCCACAACCAGGAAGCCGAAGAGAACUGAAGCGAUGUCGUUUUGCUCGUUCCUUUCGUCACCCGCGCACGCCUUCUCUCCCUUCUCCAAUGGCGACCGCAGGCACCCGGCGGCCGUCUCCGCGAGGCCGCGCUUCAGGGCCUCCGCCGCCGACGUUCCCGACUUCCUCUCCGCCGACUGGCUCGAAUCUCGGAAGAAGAGACCUUUUGGGCCGAGACUAAAUUUUAGUGCAGAGGAAGCUGUGCAGCACCAGCUUGAUGCGUUGAAGUACAAUGACCAACCCCGACAAGAUUAUGGCAUUGAGGUUAUGUACAGGUUUGCUGGUUUUGAUCCUUUUGAGAGGUCGCCUUAUUUUGGACCCUUCUUCGAUCUAGGGCAGUUUGAGCGGUUUAGGCGUAUCUUUCACCAUUCCACUUACCGAGUUCUACUCGGUCACAAAGACAGGAAGAUCUUGAGCAGCCUAUUGGUGAAAGAGAAUCGAUUUAAGCAGCGGGUUUGGAUACAAGGAUCACGCCCUGAAGAGGAAGAAACAUUUGAAUUUACUUUGGUUCAGAGGGUUGGUGGUUCUUGGGACGGUUAUUGGCUGACAGAGUCUCUGCUUCACGAUGGAGACACCUUCUCUGGUGGUUUGGCUUACUGAAUGGUGUGUGCCUCCUGCGAUGUCUACAUAAACUACAUAUAAGCAUGACUCCAAGAUAACACAUGGACGGUAUCUCAGCCUUCAUAAUAUGUACAUAAUACAUAGGUAAUAAAAAUGAAGUUCAAUGUCAGAGAUGCUUCUGCCGUGGUUGAUUGUAGACAAAAACCUUCAAUUAGUGGUGAUGCUAGCUUUUGCUUUCAAUUGGGAGUGCAGACUUCUCAUGAACUUUGAUUGCUACUUGUUAACUCUGGUCCUACCAGUUUGCUUUCACUUAAUCUUUCUCUAAGGCCGCAUCUUCGGUUGAAUA